AUGCCGGCCGACAUGCUUGCUUUCGUCGAAGGCAAGCCGGCACCGAAUCCUACGUUCAAAUCACUCUGGGAGGCGUUGAACCAGCGCGCCAGCAUAGACCCGGACCGCCCUGCGAUUCUAUCCCCAGGCCAGCCAGCGAACUUGCUCGAGGAGCUGGUUCGGCCUUGGCCGACGAGAAAGGGCCAAAACGAUGACUGUAGCAGCAGAAACAACACCACCAAUGCUAUUGGCGAUGGUCGUGAGACACGCACCAUUCGCAAACUCACCUCACCGGCUUGCAUCCUCAACUACCUGCUGUCAUGGAUCCUACCCAUACCCGCGCCUGCCGCCGAAGCAUCCUACCUCCUAUGGUCAUUUGCGGAGCUACAGCGAGCGACCAUCCGGCUUUGCGCGUUCCUGCGGUGCCGGCGCGGCGUGCAGCCCGGCGCGACGGCCGUCUUCUUCAGCGGUGUGUCGGCGGAGUGGGCGCUGCUCCUCUCCGCGUCGGCGCUGAACCGCUAUACCGCCGUGACACUCCCCAACGACGCCCUAAAGGCAGGGAACAAGCUUCUGCAGGCCCAGAUCGAGGCGCUGGUCCCGUCCGUCAUUGUCGUCACCACCGAGGCGGAGGCGCGGCACGUGGCCGGCAGUGUGUACACGAACAUCGCCGUCGGCAUCAGCCUGGAAAAGUUCACGGCGGACCCGCCAAGCGGCUGGAUUAGCAUGGCAGACAUUGCAGCAGAGACGGCGUCGCAGGGUCCAGACUACAUGGAGGCCAUCGCGGCCAUGCCAGACGAGCGCGAGCAUCCCAAGCGCGCCGCCUUUGUGGUGUGCACCAGCGGCUCGACCGGCAAGCCAAAGGGCUGCCCAAUGUCGGCGGGCUACGUGCUGUCCGCGCUCGACUUCCUGUCGAAGCAACACACGCCGCUCCUGCCGGCUCCAGUCGCAGUCGUCUCCGGGGUCAGCAGCCAGUCGCGCUGCCAGGCGCUGACCAUCUUUUCGUGGGCGACGGGCAACGCCGCCGUCAUGGACGCCGGCGAGUCGAGCGCCGAGACGAUCCUCGAGACGCUGCGGACGUGCCGCCCCGUGUCGCUCUCGCUUCUUGUCACGGCGGUCAAGUCGAUUGCCCGCGCGCCCAACUACUCGCCCGACGCCAUCAAGUCGGUCCGCUUUGUCAACUUGACCGGGUCGACGGUCACCAUGGCGAUUCUCCGCGUCGCGCAGCAGACGUUUCCCUCGGCCCGGGUGCUGCCCACCUUUGCCAUGACCGAGGCCGCGGGUGUCGCGAUAUGGACCGCCUGGUACCGGCCACCGACGAUCGACAAGAUGCACGCGUGGCGCGGAAUCGCCGCCUCUGGCGUCGUGGCCCCCGGCGCGGCGCUCAAGGUCAUCGGUGCAGAUGGCAGGCGGCCCGUGGUUCGCGGCGAGGUUGGCUCCCUGCACAUCCGUGGGAACUCAGUCAUCGAGAACUACCUGGGCGCCGGUGACAGGCCCGGCUGCUUUUAUGAGGGCGAGGACGGCCGUCGCUGGUUUGUGUCUGGCGACGACGCCGUAAUUAGUGAAGAGGGUUUUUUGCAUGUGCUCGGCCGGAGUGAGUACACGCUCAGGCGGGAUAACGAGAUCGUCGUCCCUUGCACUGUUGAAAAUUUUCUGGAGACUGAAUACCAUGGAGCCUCGACUGCGGUUGUGAAUAUUACUUCAAGCCGCGGCGAUGCGGGAAUAUUUGCGAUUUUUGAAGACGAGAUUCUUUCCACCUCACCUGCCGAUAUUCAAGACUGUGUUGCCCGAAAACUUGGCUGGGCACAUCGCAUUGAGGGCGCUGCCAGCCUCGGAGCAGUUGGGUUUCAAAAGUGGCCGCUGACACAGGGUGGCAAGAUUGACUAUCGUCGGUUACGGCCUGCGAUCGAGGAGUAUAUGGCGUUUUUGUCGAAGAUGCAAUAA